AUGGCUGCCGCUGAGAAGAAGACCUUCGAAGGGCCUGGGGGCCUGUCACUCACUCGCAUAUUGAGAUUUCUCUCAUCAGAGUACCGCAUUCUGUUUACACUCGUUUUUCUUCUUAACCUCAUGGGGGUUAUUCUCUUCUUGUGGCUGUGGUUCAUCAAUGGGCAUCCUAAUCCGAGCACCUGCGCUCUUGCAACAUCGAUCAACCUCGCAGUCUCUAUUACCAUCCGAGAAGAACAUAUCGUCAAUGGUCUAUACCAUGUAUUCACAGCAUUUCCAACAACAUCGCCUCUUUGGUUGAGGCGGCGAAUGGGCAAGAUUUACCACCUUGGCGGAUUGCACAGCGGAUGUGGUGUUGCCGCAACAUUCUGGUUCAUUAUGCUUUCAAUCGAAAAGACCAGUGCGUUCACUUUGGCAAAGCAUCGAGAUGCUGCUCGGUGGGCACACAUCAUUAUUAUCUAUAUGCUGGAUUGUCUCCUCACCUCCAUGCUUGUCAUGGCGUUUCCCUCAAUCCGUGCCAAGAUACAUAACGCCUUUGAGGUCGUGCACCGACUAGCUGGUUGGUCGUCCCUCGCCCUUCUAUGGUGCCUCACUGUUCUUGAUGCAAGCAUCAAUACACCGGCUGGAGACUCUGUCGCACUCUCUGUCUUUUCCAGCGCCAAUGUGUGGCUUGUGUUUAUUUCAACCUGUUGCGUCGUAUCGACAUGGUUGAACUGCCGAAAAGUUGAGGUUGCAUCAGAGCGACUAUCUUCACAUGCUCUUCGAAUGUACUUUGAUUACGGCAAUCCCCAACCGGGUACAACCAUCCGGCUUUCAUCCCGACCUCUGCUGGAAUGGCACGCAUUUGCUACUGUCAACGACCCCAAAGCGAGCGGCUUCUCUGUUGUAAUUUCCAACGCAGGCGACUGGACAAAGAAAGUUGUCAACGAUCCCCCACGUCACGUUUGGGUUCGACGCACACCAACUUGUGGUGUUCUACGUAUCGCACCGAUGUUCAAGAGCAUUGUAUUGGUGGCUACAGGCUCAGGAAUCGCUCCCUGUCUUCCUGUAAUUCUAGCACAGCAAACCAGAAUAACUCUAUUCUGGUCAACUCGAGAUCCUCUGGAGACUUAUGGGCCAAAUAUCGCAUCUAUAGUCCUCGGUAUGGGAGAGAACACACAUAUUCACAAUACGUCUACCAUGGGACGACCAAACACACUACCUACUGUCCUGGAUCUGUAUAAGAAAACGGACAGCGAGGCAGUGGUGGUAAUUUCCAAUCCAAAGUUGACGAUCGAUUUGGUACUAGACUUGGAAGCAUUGGGAGUGCCGGCAUUUGGCCCCAUCUGGGAUUCUUAG